AUGCCUCAAAAAAAUAGAGUUCAGGCUCCAGCCAUCAAUUUUAGCGGUGGUAUGCAUGCCACACCUACUUUUCCCGCGCCCGCACCCGCGCAGAAUCUACCUAAUGCCACCCUUAUUCAAGAUCUACUGAACAGAUUCAUGGUUCUCGGUGCAAAUGGAACACUUUCAUUUAAUCAAUUUCUAGUUGGGAAGCCUAUUCCACCCAGCAGUACUGCUGAUAUCCAAGGCUUCAUCUCACUUUAUGCUGGUGUAUUCAUGACAGAUGCUCUUGCGCGUUAUGGCUCCCAGAGCGUCAUAUCUGAUGAUAAUUUCUUGUUUGACCAUAAUAGCACUUUGAGACGACUAGCCUCAUUGAGGAAUGAACCCGAGCACCCUAAGGGCUGGCUAGAGUGGAAGUUUGAGAUUUGGCGCAGAGGUUAUAGCUAUGGGAUUCGUGGAAUCACAACGAAAUUAGCAUUGUCACUUCUUUUAACACACGCCAUUUCGACGCUGGGAUUCAUGGUCUACAUGUGUUUCGCUGGGUGGAGAACAGUUGCUUGGAAUUUGAUAGGAGAGUUUAUUGCGUUGACAUUGAAAUCACGCAGUACAGAAACUUUUCGAGGCACAGAUGCGGGGAUUAACUUAUCAAUAACAUGGGCGCAAAAUAUGAGGAUAAGGGAGAUUGGUACUGAAGAGCUCGAAAUACGGUUUGGAAAAGAUGGAUGUGGGGAAGAGAAGGGGGAGUUGCUGGGUAUAGUAAGGGUGGGUAGAGAAUAUGGUAGGGAAAGGGUCUGA